AUGUGGUUAUAUUUUUGCAGUUAUAUACUUUUAAUUAUCGUGAAUUGGUAUUUACGAAAACAAAGAAACGUCAGAGUUAGUUUUAUUGAAGGUGACAAUUCUAGAAAUGUCACUAAAUCUUCAAGUCUUAAAAGGAGAAGUAGUAUUAGAAAAAGUUCACUUAAAUAUAAAGGUAGCAAAGGUUCUCUAACAGACGAUGAUGAAGAAAUGAGUGAGAAUGAUGAAAAAGAAAAUUCCAAUAAUUUGAAUGUAUACGAUGUUCAUACUGAACGUGUUGAAGCAGUUCAUCAAGAUGAUGUUUAUAAUGAUGAUUUGAAUGUAUACAAUGCUCAUCCUAUUGAAUCAGUUCAUCAAGAUGAUGUUUAUAACGAUGAUUUGAAUGUAUACAAUCCUCAUCCUGAACGUACUGUUGAAGUAAUUCAUCAAGAUGAUAUUUAUAACGAUGAAUACGUCAUUUAUGGUAAUGCACCCGACGUUGAUGAUAUUGAAAGUAAUGUUGUGAGAAAAGAUGCAGAUUGA